AAAUAUCCAUUUAUACUUGUUUUGCGCGAAAAUUUUAAAUAAAUAAACUUAUUUGCAUUCAUCAACAGAUUGUUUGUUUUUGAGAAUUAAAUUAAUUGCAUCACAAAAGUUACCCUAAAUGAUGGCAGCAGAUCAAAAUAUAUGGUCAGAGGAUAGAAAAAUAUGUCGCAUUUGCUUGCGCAUAGAUCCAAGAGCGCUAGACAUGUUCAAAAGUUAUUAUGAAGACAGAGAUACUUUAUAUUGUGAUAUGUUGGCAUAUUGUAGUAAAGUGAUGGUUCACAUGAAAGAUGGCUUGCCUCCAUAUCUGUGCCGCAAUUGUAUUGCACAUCUUAUAGAUGCAUAUGAAUUCAAUUUGGAAUGUGAAGAGACUGAGAAAAACUUUCAUUGGUUGCUCACAGUCAGAUGAUUUGUGGCAGAAGAAGCUGGGGAAAGCUUCAACUGAACAAGGAAUAAUAUUUUUGAGGUGAUGGGAUUCUGGAUCCCGGAAGGAUCCAUGAAAACCUUACAGUACUCUUAUUCAAAUAAACAGCUUGGUGUCAUAGUUAACAAGCAUAUUCUCAUGUUUUUUAUGUGAAAAUAAGUUUAACCACUUCCCAUAUUAUUGAUAGUUAUAAGUGCAAUAUGUUAUAGUGAAACUUUGUUAUGUUAAGUUUAGAUAUCAAUGUUUGUCUGUAAUAAUUUAUUUAACUCCAAAUAUGAUAUGUAAAAAUUGUUAUUAUAAAAAGACAGUUUGUUAAGGACUCUAUGAAGGUAUGUACAUGCAUAAGUGAGAUCAUGUGAUAUAAUGAGAAUCUAUGGGUGUUGUAAUGCAUCAAGUAUAUGAGUUGUAAGGGUUUUUUAAAAGAUAGAAAAUUCUAGAAGGUAAAAAGCAGUAACAACUAAUACUGCUCAAACUAGUGUUUGCCAAAAUGUUGAUCUAAGUGAGAGGCAAUGUAUCCUUAUACUUUUGACUAUUUGGAAGAUAUAUAUUGGGCCUCAGUGGUAGACAAGAGUUACUGCUUUUGUAUUUUAUUGGGUAGGUUCGGUAGGCCUACUUAUAUUGUUGUGAGACAUGGUUUCUGUGGUCAUGGUAUCAAAACAAAGGCUGUUUUUAAAAAUGUAUUAUUUAUACUCAUAUUAGAUUAUGUAGAAAACAUGAAUGUCCUACUAUGAUUGUAGUGCAUUUAUCUAAUUUAUUUUGGAACUGUUAUUCUCAAGUGCUAGUUUAUUUAAAAACGGUUUGGCGCCAUUUUAUGGGUCACUAUGUUGUAGGUAUAUCAAAUAUUUUUUUUUUAAUUAUUGGCAAUUAAGGCAAUCUUAUUCACCUACAUUUACCUUUUAAUGUUAAUUAUUAACAUUGUUAUAUCAAACACUCCAUUAAUUUUUAUGCUGUAAUUAGAAAUAUUAUUUAUUACCUAAAAAUCUUAUUUCAAUAAAUUGCUUUAUAGAUGAAAAAC